AUGCAAGAAGCUUAUGUCUUACAUGAUCAAUAUAGGAAUCAAUCCAUGUUCAACUACAUCAGUGGAACAUCUCGUCCUCUUUAUUUUAAAAGGCCUUUAGUGCCUAAAAUGACAGACACUCCUAUAAAAUUGAGUCAGCCCCAGUAUAAUUUAGUGAAAGUACAACUUCCUCCUGUCAAAAUGACAAUAGAAAGAGUAUCGCAACAGUUUUUUUCUGUGUUAAAGACAGAAGCUGAGGCCUAGACCGAUCCAUACCAGCUCAUGAUUAGAAUGAAAAUUAAAAUAUAGAAAUAUUAGCGUUGCAACAUUUGA